GCCUGAGCACGUGAGCGUGGAGCGACUGCAGGAGCUGACGAGCAGCCGGUUAUUCUCUCACUCAACUUCUCCACGUGUCAAAAAGUCAAUGGGAGGAUGAGCUGGAGGAGGAGAUCUCAGCAGAGCUGUCCCCAAAGUGGAGUUGAGGCGACUGCUGUGCGAGACUCCCCAUCCAUCCAUGAGGAUCAAUGUGAAGUUCAGUGUCUUGCUCAAGGACACCUCGGCAUGUUGACAAAGGGACUCAAACAAUCCUUCAGCCACUUCUAAAAUGACAGGAUGUUCCUGUGACCCGUUGAUUUAGUAAAUUCUUCGUAGUUGAACCUGGAUUCAGAUGGUUGUGUUUUGUGGUGAAAAUACGACCAUUUAUCCCUCCAUUCAUCUUUAACUAUCCUGCACAGUUAACAUUAAUGUGCCUUACUGGCCAGACAGCGCUGUCAUGAGAAGGAGGACGGUCUCUGGAUAUGUGUAUAUAACCACGUGAUCAGGAAGUAAGUUGGAUGUCCUAUCUGAAGAGGCAAAUGAGGCACCCGCAGGAUGAAAGCGUGCUGUGACGAGUCGGAGGAAAGCCCUCAGUGGUAUCUUCACUGCAGAAGCUGUCAUAAGUCCUCAGGUGUCAGUGCUGUCGUGUUAUGCAAGAGUGUAAGCUCAUUUAUCUCUACAGACCAGGAGGGAUGUCCCUGCGGUUCACUGCUGUUUGACUCACACAGGAGGUCCAACGCAAUCAAGGCAAUCAAAACAAGGAAAACAAUUCCAAAGAACUUGAGUCUUGUCAUUGACAACACACACACAAACACAAACACACGUGCGUGUACACACAGACACAGGCCACUGAUGCAUUUCUUGAAUACUGCUGUAAAUAAUGUCUAUUUAUAUACUUUAUGGAUCAUUUUCUUUGCAGUAAAUAGUUGUGGAUAUAUAGCACCAUGCUAUGCUGGUUAGUUGUUUCCAGAGGCAGGGCACCAUCUACUGGUCAGUAGGGAGUACUGCAACACAUUGACAAAUUCAGAUGUUGAAUUAGAAAUUUAUUAUAGGUGCAAAACAGCUUCCAGUGUUUUUGUUUCUAAAUCAAGUAGCAUUUUUCAGACUUUCAUGCAUAUUGACAUAAAAAAUUACAUAGAAGAAAUCAGUAUUUGGGUGUUACACCAUUAAGUUGCCUUUUUGUUCAGUGAUUUAAAAAGUGAUACAAUUUUGCACCAGAGAUUAUCAAUAAUGUUGACUUUAUAAAGAGAUUAUAAUAAUUUUUAUCCAGUAAUUGUCUGGUUUUGUGAAAGUAUAGACCUCUUCAUCGUCUGUGCCACAAUAAACAUUUCACAGUUCAAAUUUAAAGGAUACUGUUUCAGUAUUUUACCGAUCUGGCCACUCAAGGUGAAAUUGGACUGUAUGUGGCUCCUGAACUAAAGGAUCAGCUGAUACAUGUGUUUUCUGUUCGUUCAUCAUCCAAACCACGUGCAUGAGAAAGUGAGCUGUGUUCUGUUUCCAGCCAGAAGGUGGAGUCAUUGAACCAGAAAUGUGCAGAAACAUUCAGUUGAUUCAUGGUUUUGGUGCAAAUGAGGCUCUUUAUUCUGUAAAGUAACAGUUUUUUUUUUCUUUUUUUGUGUCGUGGUAGCUGACUUGCAUUCAGAGUGGGCGGGUGUGUGUGUGCGCGCGCGCGCUUGGCACCUCCGAGCAGCUGCGCCCUGGAUGCGCAUCUGGAGAGAGCGGGUCGUGGAGGUGCAGAUGUAGGCAGAGCUCUCAGCUGGUCGUGCGCAUCAGCUCCAACAGCUGGAAACAUCUGCUCUGGAGCGUGCGGUGAAACGGGAUGGAGUGGACAGAAGAUCUCAGGAGCCGAACAUCAGGAGGAAACUGAAGAUACACACACAGCUUACAGAGGGUUAGACAGGAAUGAGUCAGAUGAGGAAUUCUUCAGAGGACCUGCGCGCUCUCCCCCCGAGACCCCCGACCGCUUCCCCAAAGAGACGCUUCGUCAGGCUCGGGAGGAAGACAAGCGAUGGCUCUCAUGUGUCGGUGUCUUCGUCACCCGAGGGCGUCGCCAUCAGACACCCCAGCAAGAGCCACGUCCGUCGCCAUAGCAACCGUCUCUCAGGGGUCUUCCAGCGCCGGCCCACCUCCAGCCCGGCCCCCAUGUCUUUGACAGCGGGACUCAGGUCCACCCUGUUGGUCCAGUCCAGGAAGGGAAGCAUGAUCUCCACGGGCGCGCUGGUGGCAGACGACCCGUCUGAGCUGUCCAAUCAGAUUACAGCGCCGGGAAUUCUCAAGAUCUUUGGCAAUGAGAUCUGCGAGGGGGCUCACUACAAGAGCGUCCUGGCCACCACGCACUCCAGCGCCAAGGAGCUGGUGAAGGAGGCGCUGGAACGGUAUGGCCUGAGCAAAGAGGAGGCCGAGUCCUUCGUUCUCUGUGACACAAUCGGCACCACCGGCAGCCAUCAGUGGAGGACGGAAGGCUUCAGAGUGCUGGGCGACCACGAGAAGCCUCUCCUCCUGCAGUCCCUGUGGAAGCCCAGGGAGGGUCUGGCCAGACGCUUCGAAAUCCAGAAGAGAAGCUCGGUGGAGGAGAAGACGUCAAAAGAGAAGGACACAGUCACUGCUGGUAUCAAUGCCCAGGCCCGCAAGCUGCAGAAGAGCCGCUCCAGGGUGACCUCCACCUUCAUCGAGAGGACCGUGGGCCGCAGUCAGAAACUAUGGCGAAGCAAGAGCGAGAUGGACCUGCUGGACUCAGAGGGCAACCCAGACCCCAGCGGCAUCAUGGCGGUCAAGGAUCAGAGCCAGACUUUGAAUCAGCGCCUGGAACAGAACGGCAUUCAGAUCCCGGCGGCGCGCUCCAUCGGGGAAGACGGGUUUCGGGUCAAAACAGAGAGCCACUGUCCGCCAGGGCCCCGCGGCGAGCGGGAAGGAGAGGAGUCGGAGCGGGAGGAGACGGAGAGCAGCGACGAUAACACCACACAGUACUCAAUUCACCCUCCUCGAGACUGUCCCUACCUGCUGCUGCUGAAAGGCUGCAGCCUCUCACAGGACUUUGUCAUUUACCUUCUUGUGGCACCAGACGUGACCAUUGGUCGGCAAAUCAACUGUGAAGAUGGGUCGAAAGCGGACAUUCUUCUCUCCGCCUCUGACGUCCUUCCGAGGCACUGCUGCCUCCGCCGCGGUGGCGGUGGCGGUCCCACCACGCUCUGCCUCGGUCAGAACGCCGUGGUCACGAGGAACGGGGAGUUAUUGCAGAAUGACGUGCAGCUCAGCGCCGGCGAUGUGAUCGGUUUGGGACAGCACUACCUGUUUCUCUUCAAAGAUCCUCUGGCGUCGACCCCCAAGGAGGUGAGCGAUGUUCCUCCUGAGCCUGGCUUGUCCUCUGCUCCCUGGAUGCUUCACAAUAAUCAUCAUCCUUCUGCUGCAAGCCGAAGUGGAGAAACGCUCGUCUGCAGCACCUGCAUGUCAACCUGCACUGACCUCCAGAGCUCGGACUGCAGACGACGCCCCGGCGGCUGCGCCCCUCCGUUUCUGUCCUCCCCCGAAGGAGGGAGCCUGACUCUAAACUAUGAGGCGGAGCACGAGGAUCGCAUCGUCAAGGAGAUCGUCGCGAUGGGAAGAGCCGGAAGCAUCCUGGACCGGCCGCCGCUGACUGUCUCCUUCCUGUUGUGCAUGUGCGUCCAGUAUUCCGCAGCGUGUCUUCAGGCCUCGGACCUCCGCAGGCUGCUGCUGCUCAUUUCCAGUGAUGUUCAGAGCGCCGUGUGGGAGCACACAAAGAAUCUCGCCGCGGUUCAGCCUGAAGCCCUCGACGGCGAGAUCACGAACCCGGAGGACCACCUGAGCGUCAGCGAGGUGACGGCAGGGUUGCGCCCUCUGGUGGUGUGGAUGUCCAACGGCCUGGAGCUGCUGCAGAUGGUUCAGUACCAGCUGCCUCUUGUUGUGGAGUGGAGAGUCCGAGAGGAGCAGGAGCAAGAACAGAACGAAGAGGAGGAGGACGAAGAGAGGAAAGAAGCUAAGAAGUCAGCGCUGCUGGAGCUUCGUCUGUCCAGCGUCCGUUCAGCCACUGACGAAACCACAGCCGUCCUGGAGGAGGUCGUCAUGCUUGCCUUCCAGCAGUGCGUCUACUACGUCACCAAGCUCCUGUAUCCCAUCUUGCCGGCACUCCUGGACUGCAACCCGUUCAGGGAGAACCCCGAACCGCGAGGGUCCGUCCAGAGUGUCGGGUUCCCGCAGGCCGGCUGCGGACUGCGGGUCCCGGGGGAGAUCCGGCGGGUGCUGGAUGUUCUGGCCGAGGUCUGGACGCUCCUGUCAGACUGCCAGGUCCACCCAGAGAUCUCCGCUCAGCUCAUCGGCUACCUCUUCUACUUCAUCAACGCCUCGCUCUUUAACUCGCUGAUGGAGAAAGGCUCGGAGCCAGGUUUCUACCAGUGGUCCCGGGGCGUGCGGAUGCGGGCCAAUCUGGACCUGCUCCUGGACUGGGCCCACGCCGCCGGACUGGGAGAACUGGCCUUGGAGCACACACACACUCUUUCAUCGGCCAUCAAUCUGCUGGCUACGCCUAGAAAGAAUUUACUGCAGUCAUCGUGGGCGACGCUGCGCUCCGACCACCCCGCCCUGAGUCCCGCUCAGCUCAACCACCUGCUGACGCUGUACAGCCCGACGUCCCCCUGCAGACACACCUGGACCCCGUCAGCUCAGGACCAGGCGGCGGCUGUCCAGACCGCUGACCUGCUGGAGAGCUUCGACACCCACCAUCCCCUGCUGCUGCCUGACGGGGGUUACCAGCUCCAGCUGAGACGGCCGGUGACAGAUGUUUCUCUGAGGGAACAGCUGGACGCGCUGAGGGAGUUUAUAUCCAACCUGCGUGACGCCAAGUUAAACGUCACGGCUGCAGGGGAGAACCCGCCACUGAAAAAUGGUUGUACCAUUCAGAUGGAGGGAAAACAAACCGGGACAGGUUCUCUUUUUAACAACAGUCUAAAAACUGUGGAUGCGUCGUUAGAUGAGGUGAUCUUAUCCGUCCAAACCCACGUACCCAGCAGCGCUCCCUCUGUUGCCUCGCCGCCCUCGCCCCCUUCUCCAUCCCUCGCCCGCCACCUGGAUGAGGUGGACUCCUGUGGCGCAAGCAUUCUGUCCCAAAAGCUGAGAAAGCUUGAGCUGCAGACCAGAGACACUGUGAGCAGCGAGCUGAGGAGGUCUUCUCUGGACCCUUCAUGUCUCCUCACCCCUCCAAACACCCCCCACCGAGAAGGCCCUGCUGAUCUGAUGAACCACGAGAAGUGGAUGAAGACCGAGGAGGAGACUCUUCCCUGGUACUCCACUGUAGAUGAAGGCGGAUUGGUGUUUGAGUGUCUUGCUGCACUGAAAGUCGACCGCUUGAAGUCAGAUUCCAUCAGCAUGCAAAGACUUGUGGAGCUGAAGGAGGAAGAAGAGGAGGAGGACGUGGAGGAGGAAGAGGAGCUGGUGGACGAUCGCUGCGACGGGGACAACGAUGAGGUUUUCAGCCUGGAGCUGGAGCGAGGCGAAAAUGGACUCGGCCUUGCUUUGGUUGACACGAGGGACACGUCGAUGAAGGUGAAGGGGGUCUUCAUCCGAGCGGUGGUCCCAGACUCUCCCGCAGCUCGCUGUGAGAAGCUGCUCCCCGGAGACCGGAUCCUGGCCGUGAACGGGGUCAGUCUGCUCGGUUUGGACUACCACAGCGGGAAGGAGCUGAUCCAGUCGUCCGGAGCCAGACUGAGGUUGCUGGUUGCCAGGUCUGAAUGGAUGGUCGAAGCCAUCCGCACUGAAUGCUGACGCUGCGCCGGAGUCCGCUGACUGAAACAGCUGGUUGGACAUUCCAGCUGAGGAUGUGGACAGUGACUUAAAGACAAAAAAAUGCACUAUGAAACAAGCCACACCCUGAUUGUAAAGGAUUUAGAGGCUUUUUUUUUCUUUUUCCAUGAUUAUUGAUGGAGAUACUGUUUUGUAGUGAGUUUGCUCGAUGUUUUUUUUUCCUUUGGUUUUAUUUAAACUUUCUUAACCAUUUUUUGCAUGAACUUUAAAUCCUACAUGGUGUUCUGCUUAUGUAGAAGAUGUGAUUCAUAUGUUAUAAUUGUCUUUGCCUACUUCACACAUGUUGCUUGUUUUUAACAAUGUAUCUUCAUACAUUGUUAAAAAAAAACAGGCAACAUGUUUGAAUUAUUCUGACUUCAAUACUUCCCACCUCCA